AAAUUGCUUACAAACGGAAACGGGCGGCCCGAUACUUAGCAGUGGUUACACUGAAGUUUACUCAUCUGGAGACACGAUGGACAAUUUCACUCUGGGACCGACACUGGACUUCACAGCGGUUGACCUUUACCAGUCAGCCACAUGUCUGUAUUCCGGUGCCGGCAGCUAUGUUCUGUCUCCGUUGAGUAUUUUGUAUGCCGGUGCCCUGCUGUACCUGGGAUCGAAUGGACCAACCCGUGAUAACCUCAAUACGGCGCUGCACUUCCGCAGAGCAUUCGGCAAUAAGAGCGAUAUUCUCGAGGGUGUGUUCGACAAUACAGCCAAAAUGUUGUCGCUUGAAGAAGUGCUCGAUCCAUCCAACAAGCUGCCCCAUAUUCCCAAUAAGGCUCCGACCGAGGUGGCUCUACUCAAUGGUGUUUUUCAUGACCCGUCCAUUAAGCUCUGGGGAAGUUUUGUGAAGAAAGUGACGAAAACUUUGCAUGCCGGAGUGUACGAGCAAUCGCUUUUGAGGAAUUCCGAUGAGGCAAUUAAAAGCAUGAACGACUGGGUCACCACAAACACUUUCGGCCAGAUCACCAAACUCGUCGCCCCAAAGUCUCUGUCGCCGACAUCCACCGUGGCGCUGGUCAACACGCUUUACUUCCGUGCCGCCUGGGACUCGCACUUUCCUACGUCCGAUCCGAAUCUCGACCGCGACUCCUUCUACCACCUCGAUGGCAACGUCUCCCAGCCGCUGUACAUGUGGGCUCGUCGCACAAUACCGUACGCCGAAGACGAUGAUUUGGAUGUGCAGUAUGUGGAACUGCCGUACGUGGGCGAUUUCUACAUGCUGAUUAUCCUCCCGCGACAGAGAGACGGCAUUCGCAACUGUGAACACCAGUUUAAUAGUCAAGCACUGCGCAAUAUGCGAAGCAAAGUGCCCAUGCUGAAGGCAGCCAAUCAGCGAUUGGUCAACCUUAAGCUGCCCAAGUUCAAGAUCGAAGGCACGUUUGAUAUGGCCAAACUCUUUGCCAAGGUGGGCGUAACGCAUGCUCUGGGACCGAAAGCCGAUUUCUCGCGGAUGGUGGCCUCUGGCAAGCCGGACUUCGCUGUUAUGAACCACAAAGUCGUCUUCGAAAUCGAUGAAUGGGGGACAGAAGCCGCUGCUGUGUCUGCUCUGCAAGGUCCAGCUCCUAUGGGACUAAUGCAGUCGGACGCCUCUUGGGUGCCUGACUAUGCUCCGGUGGAUUUCACCGCUGACCAUCCUUUCCUGUUCGCUGUACUGCAUCGACCGACGGAGUCACUUCUCUUCAUCGGACGCAUGGAAAGUCCUAACUCCUAGAACACUACAAUGGGUACACGAAGCAGCUGUGCUGAGACUGAAAUUCGAUCCUGUCAAAAAACUAAAGUAAAGGAUGGUAGCAGGCUAGCAGUAGCCCUUGACUAGCCCAUUCAAUGUCAUUGACCCUGUCAGUGGACGUUUACGUCAUAAACUUUUAUAAAGCGCGAAACCCACAAACCAGUUUUGACGCAAAAUCAGUCAAAAGAUGGUGCCGGCCUGCCGGGCACUUUGAAUACUUUUGAAUGCCGGCUAUCAGUCGAAUGACGUCCGUUUGUUAAUGUGAUGUUUUAUUUCAUAAACGCGUAUACAGUA